AUGGAUUCGGACGUUUCAAUCGGUAUUCAGCGGAUGUCUUUAGGCCCAAGUGAAGCAGCACAUCCGCUCUAUCGGGUGGAGAUGAUCAAGAUCGAACCGCGAUCGACGACCACUGGCGCUAAAAGACAAAUGACGUCAACUAGGCAAGGAAACAUGCAGGCAUAUCUUGAUGAGGCCAUAAAACGGUUUCAGCAAGAUCAGCGGGAACUGGAAUAUCAAGCGAUAUACCCAAGCCAACUGGUCAAGCCUGUAAGAGUCCAAGAACCAUGUACCCCAGAUGUAGAUAUGGAAUUGGUGCGAUCGCACAUCAGUCGAUCGGAGUUUUACAACCCUGAAGAUGCUGAUCCCGACUACCCAGGGAAAGAGGAGCGAAGACGUGCGAUUGAAGCCACCACAGACCCGCAUCAGGAAGGUGGUACGAUUCCCCAGCGCACCCGAGUGUCGGCAAUGACAGAGCUGAAUUAA